GCGGCUCCCUUACGCAGCAUUUUCUUCUGUCAUCUUGGCUCUGCAGCCUGGUUACUGUGGUCAGGGAACAUUUCUUCUGUCAUCACCGUGAUCCAAUCAAACAAUGGGGAACAGAGACGACGAGUAUGAUUUCUUAUUCAAAGUCGUUCUAAUCGGAGACUCUGGAGUGGGGAAGAGUAACCUGCUGUCCCGUUUCACAAGAAAUGAGUUCAACCUGGAGAGCAAGAGCACCAUUGGGGUGGAGUUUGCCACCCGCAGCAUCCAGGUGGAUGGCAAGACGAUAAAGGCUCAGAUCUGGGACACAGCUGGACAGGAACGCUACAGAGCUAUCACAUCAGCAUACUACCGGGGUGCAGUCGGAGCUCUCCUGGUUUACGACAUCGCCAAGCACCUGACGUACGAGAACAUUGAGCGCUGGCUGAAGGAGCUGAGGGACCACGCUGACAACAACAUCGUCAUCAUGCAGGUUGGAAACAAGAGCGACCUCCGCCACCUCAGGGCCGUGCCCACUGAUGAAGCUCUAGCCUUUGCAGAAAAGAACAGUAUCUCUUUCAUUGAGACAUCAGCGUUGGACUCCACUAAUGUAGAAGAAGCCUUCAAGAACAUUUUAACAGAAAUCUACCGCAUCGUGUCACAGAAGCAGAUAGCGGACAGAUCUGCACACGACGAGUCACCGGGCAACAACGUCGUGGACAUCAGCGUCCCCCCCACCACUGACGGGCAGAAGGGCAACAAACUGCAGUGCUGCCAGAGCCUGUGACACUAAAGCCCUGAAACUCUUCCUCCACAUCACCUGUGCACUUUUUGUUCGCUCUGCUUACGGCCAACGCCCUCUUUACUCUGUCCGCUUCUUUCUACCUGUCAUUCUGUUUUAUAUUCUACUUUUGAACUCACCUGUGCUCUUCUCUUUUGCCAUGAAUGAAAACUUCCAGAAGCCUUUAUGUCCAUGUGAAGGAGGCAGUCCUCUCUGCCCUGGUGAAGCCUGUGAAGUUGUUUGAACUGAACCUCUGACGGCAUGGUUGUGAAAUACAUUUCAAUGGUUACCACUAGAUGGUGCUGUGUAAAUAAUCUACAGGCAGUUACUCCACCCUGGUGAGAGCAGUAUUAUGCAGCAUGGCUCCUCUAACAUCUGAUAAGUUAUCAUGCCAAAAAUAUCCUCAUUAUGUAUUUAUUGAAGAAUAUUUGGCUUAAGUUGUCAUUGUUUUACUUUACAUUUAAGAACUGUAUACAUUUACAAUAAAAUACUUGAUAAAAGUGAA